AUGGCUCCUCAUCUUUCUGCUAUUUCCCAGAGCAAUGCUGCUCUUGUUGGAGGUCUCAAAGGCGCCCCUGUAGCCGUUUUUCUUGGAGGAACAUCUGGCAUUGGUCAAGGACUUGCGGAUACCUUCGCCCAGUGGCGCAACGGCAAUGCGCACAUCAUUAUUCUUGGACGAAAUGAAGCCGCCGCACGAGAUAUCAUUGCUCACUUCCCCAAACCCACCGCUUCUGGGGCUUCUUGGAGCCACGAAUUCAUCCAAUGCGACGCGACCCUUAUGAAGAACGUUCGCGCUGCUGCCGAGCAAAUACUUGCUAAACACCCCAAAGUCAAUUACCUCGUCAUGAGUCCUGGAUAUUUUUCGACGUCUGGAAGAGAUGAGACACCAGAAGGAAUCGACAAGAAGCUUGCAGUGCAUUACUACUCGAGGUGGAGGCUUACAUAUGAUCUUCUACCCGCAUUGAACAAGGCCAAAGAGGAGGGGGAAGACGUACGAGUACUUUCUGUUUUCUCUACAGGCUAUGGCAGGAAAAUCGACGGGAACGAUUUGGGGUUGAAGAAAACAUUCUCUGUAAAAAAUGCGGCAGAAUCUGCCGCCACCUAUAACGACUUGAUGAUCGAGGCAUUCCAUGAACGAAACCCCGGAAUCGUUUUCUCACAUGUGUUCCCUGGUGGUGUUUCCACCAAUCUUAUGAACUCCGCGCGUACACCGUGGAUGCGUGCUGUCGCACCCGUUGCGAAUGCUCUCGCUAAACCAUUUCUUGUUACUCAAGACCAAUGCGCGGAGUAUUUGUGGUCAGGUCUUCUCAAUACAACCAUUGGUGCUUAUAGAAUGGGAAGAAAGGGAGAAGAUCUAGGCAAGAAAGGGUAUUACGGAAACAAAGAACUGACGCAAAAGCUUUGGGAACAUUCAAAGGAUGCCACUGAUGUAUGA